CUUGUUUCUCUGCGUUAUAGCUGACAUCACUUUGGCCGAUUGGGGUCGUAAGGCCAUUGAGAUUGCAGAGAAUGAGAUGCCUGGUUUGUUGAUGAUGAGGAAGAUACAUGGGGCUUCUAAACCAUUGAAAGGAGCCCGGAUUGCAGGCUGCCUCCAUAUGACUCUUCAGACUGCUGUAUUAAUUGAAACCUUGACAGCACUUGGAGCAGAGGUCCAGUGGUCGAGCUGCAAUAUUUUUUCUACUCAGGAUCAUGCAGCUGCAGCAAUUGCCAAAUCUGGAGUUCCUGUGUAUGCAUGGAAGGGGGAAACAGAUGAAGAAUACAUUUGGUGCAUUGAGCAGACUCUGUACUUCCGUGAUGGAAAACCCCUCAACAUGAUUUUGGAUGAUGGUGGGGACCUUACGAAUCUGGUUCACAACAAACAUCCUAAGCUCUUACAAGAUAUCAAGGGAAUCUCUGAGGAGACUACAACUGGAGUGCACAAUCUCUAUAAGAUGCUCAAGCAAAAAGAACUUAAAAUUCCUUCUAUCAAUGUGAAUGACUCUGUAACUAAGAGCAAAUUUGAUAACCUGUAUGGGUGCCGAGAAUCACUUGUUGACGGUAUCAAGCGUGCCACUGAUGUUAUGAUUGCUGGUAAAGUAGCUGUGGUGGCAGGAUAUGGUGAUGUGGGCAAAGGUUGUGCACAGGCUCUGCGAAGUUUUGGAGCCAGAGUUAUUAUAACAGAAAUCGACCCCAUCAAUGCUCUACAGGCUGCUAUGGAAGGUUAUGAGGUCACCACCAUGGAUGAUGCAUGUAAAGAGGGAAAUAUUUUUGUGACGACAACUGGUUGCAAAGAUAUCGUUGUGGGAAGGCACUUUGAAGAAAUGAAAGAUGAUACAAUUGUUUGUAAUAUUGGCCAUUUUGAUAUUGAGCUGGAUGUGAAAUGGCUGAAUAAAAAUUCAACAAAAAAAGUGAACAUUAAACCUCAGGUGGAUCGCUAUCAGCUCAAGAAUGGUCGCCACAUCAUUGUUCUUGCUGAGGGUCGCUUGGUGAAUCUUGGCUGUGCGAUGGGUCAUCCCAGCUUUGUGAUGAGCAACUCUUUCACCAACCAAGUUCUGGCACAGAUAGAGUUGUGGACCAACCCUGGCAAAUACCCAGUGGGUGUACACUUCCUGCCAAAGAAGCUGGAUGAAGCUGUGGCAGCUGCACACUUAGAGAAACUGGGAGUGAAAUUAACCAAACUAACAUCAGAUCAGGCAUCUUACCUUGGAAUUCCUCAAGAUGGGCCUUUUAAACCAGACCAUUACAGAUACUGAACAUUCUACUGAAUUCAAAGAAAACCAAAGCACAGCAACAUUCCUCUGAAGGAUUUGUUUUGUUGGCAUCUGUAAUGGUUCUUACAAAGUCCUGCAAAAAUUUAUUGUUCUGCUGUUAAGCAGUUGUGGUCAUUCAAUCACCAAAGCAUCUUAAUUUUGUAUCUGUAUUGAUAUUGAAAUAAAAUCUUUAAAAAUGUUAAA